ACGGGAGAGAGAGAGGGAAAGAGAGAGAGAGAGAGGAUGGACCUGACUGAUAUCACAUGAACAUCAGUAUCUUACACACACGUUGGAGGACUUCAGCUGCGACUGAGAGGAUCAUCACCUUCACUCUGGUGAUUGAGGACGUGAACCAGGACGUGUGAAGAAGAGGAUGGACCUUCAUCAUCCUAUGAGAGUAGUUGAGUGAGACGACUGCAGUGUAGAAAUGAGAAAAGACUUUCUUCUCCUUCUUCUUCUCCUCCUGGAAGUAAAUGUUCUUGUCAUGAGAACAUCAGGCCUUCUUUCCUCACACCUUCACACUCCUCCUCAUCUGGAACACACUUUCAUACACCACACAGAAGGUCCUCCUUCUUCUUCUCCUCCUUCUUCUCCUUCUUCUUCUCCUUCUCCUCCUCCUUCUUCUCCUCCUCCUUCUCCUCCUCCUUCUUCUCCUUCUUCUUCUCCUUCUCCUUCUCCUCCUCCUUCUUCUCCUCCUUCUCCUCCUCCUUCUUCUUCUCCUCCUUAUCCUCCUCCUUCUUCUCCUACUUCUCCUCCUCCUCCUUCUCCUCCUCCUUCUUCUUCUCCUCCUUCCUCUCCUUCUUCUUCUCCUUCUCCUCCUCCUUCUUCUCCUCCUUCUCCUUCUUCUUCUCCUUCUUCUCCUCCUUCUUCUUCUUCUUCUUCUUCUUCUUCUUCUUCUUCUUCUUCUCCUCCUCCUUCUUCUCCUCCCCCUUCUUCUGCUUCUUCUCCUCCUUCUUCUCCUCCCCCUUCUUCUCCUUCUUCUUCUUCUUCUUCUCCUCAUCCUCCUCCUAUUUCUUCUUCUUCUUUUCCUUCUUCUUCUUCUAGUCUUUCUCCUUCUUCUCCUUCUUCUUCUUCUCCUUCUUCUUCUCCUCCUCUUACUUCUUCUCCUCCUCCUCCUCCUCAUCCUUCUUCUUCUCUUCAUCCUCCUUCUUCCUCUCCUCCUCUUUCUUCUUCUUUUUCUUCUGUUCCUUCUUUUUCUCUUCCUCCUCCUUCUUCUUCUCCUCUUUCUUGUUCUCCUCCUCCUUCUCUUCCUUCUUCUUCUCCUCCUCCUCCUCCUUCUUCUUCUCGUCCUUCAUCUUAUUCUCCUCCGUCUUCUUCUCCUCCUCCUCCUCCUUCUUCUUCUUCUCGUUCUUCUUCUUCUUAUUCUCCUCCGUCUUCUUCUCCUCCUCCUCCUUCUUCUUCUUCUCUUCCCUUUUCUUCUUCUCUUCCUUCUUCUUCUGCUCCUCCUCCUUCUUCUUCUUCUUCUUCUUCUCCCCUUCCUUCUUCUUCUCCUCCUCCUCCUCCUUCUUCUUCUUCUUCUCCCCUUCCUUCUUCUUCUCCUCCUCCUCCUUCUUCUUCUCCCCUUCCUUCUUCUUCUCCUCCUCCUCCUCCUUCUCAUCCUCCUCCUUCUUCUUCUUCUUCUUCUCCUCUUUCUUCUUCUUCUCCUCCUCCCCCUUUUUCUUCUCCUCCUCCUCCUCCUUCUUCUUCUCUUCCCUUUUCUUCUUCUCUUCCUUCUUCUUCUGCUCUUCCUCCUUCUUCUUCUUCUUCUUCUUCUUCUUCUUCUUCUCCCCUUCCUUCUUCUUCUCCUCCUCCUCCUCCUUCUUCUUCUUCUUCUCCCCUUCCUUCUUCUUCUCCUCCUCCUCCUUCUUCUUCUCCCCUUCCUUCUUCUUCUCCUCCUCCUCCUCCUUCUCAUCCUCCUCCUUCUUCUUCUUCUUCUUCUCCUCUUUCUUCUUCUUCUCCUCCUCCCCCUUUUUCUUCUUCUCUUCCUUCCUCUUUUUCUUCUCCCCCUUUUUCUUCUCUUCUUGCUUCUUCUUCUUCUUCUCCUCCUUCUUCUUUUUCUUCUCCUCCUCCAUCUUCUCCUCCUUCUCCUUCAGCCAAAACCUCCACCCUUGAACUCAGCAAGAGUGAGAGCAGCAUCUCCUGGAGGAGUGGAGAGGUCAAAGGUCAAAGGUCAGCAAGUCCUCGCAGGAUGUCGAGAAGAAGAAGGAGGCGAAGAAGGAGGAGAAGGAGGAAGAGGAGCUGGUUGUGGAACCAGUUCUUUGUCAUCGAGGAGUACAGAGGACCUGAACCAGUUCUCAUUGGACGACUGCACACGGACAUGGACCGAGGGGACGGACACACCAAGUACCGCCUGGAGGGCGAGGGGGCGGGGUCAGUGUUUGUCAUCGAUGGCGAUACAGGAAACAUCCACGUGACCAAGUCUCUGGACCGCGAGGAGAAGGACCGCUAUCGUCUGGUCGCCACGGCGACCGACCGCCUGACGGGCCGAGCGCUGGAACCUUCCUCCCAGUUCGUCAUCCGCGUGCAGGACAUCAACGACAACCCGCCCGUCUUCCCACACCCGCCCUACAGCGCCACCGUGCCCGAGAUGGCACACAUAGGCACGUCCAUCAUCCAAGUGACCGCCACAGACGCCGAUGAUGCAACGUAUGGAAACAGCGCUCAGCUGGUCUACACCAUCACUGAAGGACACAACUACUUCUCUAUGGACCCUCAGACAGGUGUCCUGAGGACCGCCGUGGCCAACAUGGACCGGGAGACUCAGGAGGACUACGUGCUGGUGGUCCAGGCCAAGGACAUGGGGGGCCACCAGGGGGGGCUGUCGGGGACCACCACCGUCACCGUGACGCUCAGCGACGUCAACGACAACCCGCCACACUUCAGGCGCAGCGCGUGGUCUUUCUCCGUGUCGGAGCUGGCGGCUCCGGGCGUGGAGGUGGGUCGCCUCACCGCCACCGACGCCGACGUGGGCGAGAACGCGCUGCUGGAGUUCAGCAUCAUGGACACGGAGGAGGCGCAGACCUUCAACGUGAGCGGGCGGGAGCGCGAGGCGGUCCUCGUGCUGAACAAGCUGCUGGACUACGAGAGCCGUAACUCCUACUCCUUCACGGUGGAGGUGAGCAACCCGGUGGUGGACGCUCGCUACCUGCAGAGAGGCCCCUUCAAGGACCAGGCCGUGGUGCGCGUCAUGGUUCUGAACGCCGACGAGCCGCCCCACUUCUCCCAGGCCCGCUACCACCUGGACGUGUCGGAGAACUGCCCCCCCGUCUGCGCGGUGGGCCGGGUGCACGCCGUGGACCCCGACACGGGCCAGAGCGCCAACGUCAGGUACUCCAUCGACCCUCAGUCGGACCCGGAGGCGCUGUUCCGCAUCGCCUCCGACACGGGCCUCAUCAGCGCCGUGGCCGAGCUGGACCGCGAGCGGGAGCGCUGGCACAACAUCACCGCCAUCGCCACGCAGAGAGACAACCCCGACAUGGUGUCCAGGGUGGUGGUCGCCGUGGAAACGCUGGACCAGAACGACAACGCGCCGGAGUUGGACAGAGAGUACAGAACGUCGGUGUGCGACUCCUCCGCCGCCGGACAGGUCAUCCAGGUCUUGCGAGCGGUGGACCGGGACCCGGGGGACCAGGACGGCCCGGUCCACUUCAGCAUCGCCCCGGAGUCAAGCUCCGCCCUCAAGGUGUCCAUCAGGGAGAGCGGAGGCGUGACGGCGAGUCUGGUGCUGCGCUCGGCCCUGGAGCCCCUCCCCCGCCACUCCUCCUCGCCGGCGACGCUGCGUGUACCGGUGGUGCUGCGCGACGCCGCCUCGGGCCUGGCCAGCACGGGCACGGUGACGGUGAGCGUGUGCCCGUGUCUGCGGGGGGGCAUGCGGACGGAGGCGGAGGCGCGCGAGCGGCGUUGGGAGAGGCGGGCGGUGUGUCGCCCGGCGCCCUCCGCCUCGCCCUCGCUGGUCCUCAGCCUGGUGGCCUGCAUGGCGGCGCUGGCCUGCGUCACCACCCUGCUGGUGGCGUGCGCGCUCUCGCUGUUGCUGCGCCGUCGCCAGCGAGACGCCCGCUCGGCCUGCGAGGACGAGGACGUGCGGGAGAACAUCAUCUCCUACGACGACGAGGGCGGCGGCGAGGCGGACACGGCGGCCUUUGACAUCACGGCGCUGCAGAGCAUGCACAGGAUUCAGCACGCCAGUGACAUAUGGCACACGCUGCAGACGGCGCCGCGGCCCAGAACCUACAGCCUCCACCCGGGCCUGGACCCUCAGCACCACCCGCUCUACGGCCGCCUCUGCUACAGCAUCCACACGCUGCCCGCGCUCACAGACCGCCACGUUGGCCCGAUGGAGGCCGGCGUGCCGCUCGGUCAGCUGACCCGGCGCCAACAAGCGGCGGCGCCCCCUUACGGAGCCCGGGUGGCCUUCGGGGCGGCGCAGCGGCGCCCUCCUGAGACCGAGGGCGGGGCUUCGAGCGAGGAAGGACGCGCCGCCGACGUGACGCAGAACCAGAACCUGGUUAAGACGACCCUGACCCAGCUGCAAAGUGGUCCUGCCAGUUCUGACCCGGCGGCGUCUUCCUUCCAAAGCCCCGGCAGCUCGUCGUCCAAUCAAACGCCGAUCAGCCCCGCCUCCAACGCCACACUUCCUGGUUUCCCUCAGAGCGACUCUUACAGCGUCGUGGGCUCGCUCAAAGUGGGCGGGGCCUCGUCGCAGCCGCGCAACACUUCCCACGAGGCGUCCCACCCGGUCUCCGGGGCCACCUUUGGCCUCGGCGGCGGGCGGGGCGCGGGGGCGGAGCCCUCGGGGACCCCCCGCCCGCCGCUGGCCGUGGAGGACCUGCUACGCUUCCGCCUGGACCGGGUGACCUCCGACCCCUCGCAGCCGCCCUACGACUCGCUGCAGACGUACCAGUUCGAGGGCCGCGACUCUCGCGCCGAGUCGCUGAGCUCGCUGGGGAGCGAGGCCACGACGGAGGAGGACAAGAUGGAGGAGGACAAGAUGGAGGAGGACAAGAAGGCGGAGGACAGGAUGGAGGAGGACAAGAAGGCGGAGGACAGGAUGGAGGAGGACAAGAUGGCGGAGUUGAACGUGAGGUUCCAGCGGCUGCUGGAGGUCAUCAGGGAGCGGAAGAGGAGGAAGGAGCAGGGAGAGGAGGGGCAGCACAAGGAGGCGCAAAGGUGGGACUUCUAGGAAAAAAGGGGGCGGGGCUAACGACACACAGUUAUCACUUUCACUUUCACUUUCACUUUGCACAGAAACCCCCCUUGUUAAUAAUAAAAGAAGCGCUGGGCUUUGGACACGAGACAAAGAAUCAAAUAUUGAUUGGAAUAUGCAUUGUUGGGAAAAAAAAAAAAAAAAAAAAAAAAGACCCUGGUCUAUUAUUGAUUGAUUAUUUAUAUUCAUCACGCGCCCUCUAGUGGCGGUGGUGAGUACUGCACUUGAAGUAAACAUGCUUUAGAUCAGGGGUGCUCAC